AUGGAUGUGGCCGAGGCAUCCACCAGUGGAAAUGAGAAAUCUUCCCUUGACAUCGGCAGGGGACUGCAACGACAUUCGACAUCAACCGAUUUGACGCCCGAUGACAACCUUAUCACUUAUCCGGAGGGUGGUCGCGAUGCAUGGCUGGUCGUCCUGGGUGCAUUCUGCGGCUUAACAGCAUCGCUAGGCUUGUAUAAUACCGUGGGGGUUUUUGAAGCUGUUGUCUCAAAGGAUAUCCUACCAGAUGUGUCCUCGUCUACGACUGGCUGGAUCUUCUCCGUCUACGCCUUUAUCAACUGGAUCUGUGGGAUGCAAAUCGGUCCUACCUUUGACGCGAUGGGCCCGCGGGCGCUUAUUCUUGCCGGCACAGUCUGCACGCUCAUCGGUAUAUUCUCAUUUAGUAUCUGUAAAGAAUACUAUCAAUUCUUCCUCGCCUUUGCGAUCAUGACCGGUAUCGGCUCCUCCCUCCUCCUCACACCAUCCAUGGCGUGCGUCGCCCACUGGUUCAUGAAGCGCCGUGGUCUCGCCAGCGGUGUCGCAUUCAUAGGAAGCGGCUUCGGCGGGGUCAUCUUCCCUCUGAUGUUACAAUCCCUGCUGCCGCAGCUCGGCUGGGGCUGGUCAAUCCGCAUCCUCGCCUUUGUGCUCCUUGUCCUCUGUGCCAUGAGCGUGGCAUUUUGCCGGAGCCGCGUGCCUCCACGAAAGGGAUCCGCGACCACUUGGCGAGAUACCUUACCCGACGCUACCAUCUUCCUGGACGGAACCGGGGCGAUGGCCCUUACAACCCUCGGCGUGCUGUUCACCGAUCUGGCCUACUUCAUCCCCAUCACCUACAUCCCGAGCUACUACAUCGACCGACAGCAUCUAUUCCCGAGCGAUGCGCUGACGGGAUCGGCGGCGUUUGCCUACCAGCUUCUCGCCAUCCUGAAUGCGGCUUCCUGCGGCGGCCGGUACGUCGCCGGCGAUCUGGCGGAUCGCUUCGGCCGAUACAAUACGAUGAUUGUCUCGCUGUUCUUUUGCACGGUGUCGGUGCUAUGUUUCUGGCUGCCGGACAUCCUUGUCCCGGGCCUGGAGAACGAGGCUCUGCUCAUCCUCUUUGUCCUUCUGUUUGGGUUCUGCAGUGGUUCGAAUGUCAGUUUGACGCCGAUCUGUUUGGGGCAACUGUGUGAGACGCAAGAGUAUGGGCGGUAUUACGCCAGCUGCUUUACCGUCGUGGCUUUGGGGGUGCUGGCCAGUCUUCCGAUCGGCGGGAGCCUUCUCGGUGCAGUGGCGAGUACAGGGAGAGGACGGUAUUGGGGGACGGCGCUUUUCGCCGGGCUGAGCUAUGUGGUCGCAUUCCUAUGUUUUGUGUGGGUGCGGAUCAAGAUCAAGGGAUGGGAUUGGAGGAUCAAGUGGUGA